AGAGUCUGAGACGAUCCCAUUAACUUGCCUCCCCCCCUCCAGCGCUACUUUGCAGAUUUUUGCAAUCGCUUCGGCACCGGUGCUAUAGUUGCGCAGCGGCCGGUCGCCAUGGCUCCACUCGGUUCAUCUCUUUUGUGCUCAUAUGCUGCAUAUUUCUCUACGCCGGCAGAAUCCAGGGGCAGAGCGGUUAUAAGGAUGACGGUGAGGGACAUUACAGUGGAGGUGAAGAGAGUGGAUCUGGGGCCAGCGGCAGUGGUGACGACAUGAAGGAGGGAGAUGAGGGAUACGUGGGAACUGAGAGUGAACUGGCAGAGUGUGUGGAUGUUCUUCACAGAGAAGAUGACGAGGGAGAUGAGUUGACCUCUUCCACAGCCUACACUGCUUCCAUGUGCAGUGUCCUCUGCAUGGAUAGCAUCACUAACAGCCAACCCUACCAGGAUGUUCAGCUGGAGAAUGUAACCGCUGGAGGAGGAACGUGGGUGUUCAAGUCAUUCCCACAGUUCAACUCAGAGAAUGAGAAGACAAACUGCAAGACCUACCAAAAGUUUGCCGAGCUUGUCAGAGGUUGUCUGGUGAGAGUGGAACCAACUUUAGCUCAGCUCACCCGUCGGGGCUGCAGGGAUGAAUGUAAUGGAACCGUCUGCAGACAAGGUUGUGACAACUACGAGAGGAUUGUGCGCUCCUUCAAUGCAGCAGGGUCUCCACCAAGUCCUGUCCAGGGACCGCAGUUAGUGUCCUCUACCUUACUGGGAGAUGUCAUAUUGAGCAUCUCAGAAUCUGCUCCACCACCUAACGACCAGGAACACACCCCUGCACCAGUGGGAAUUGUCUACCGUGUGGUGGACCAGACCACAAAUUAUACCAGAUACUUUCAAACGGGUUUUCCAGACGAGGCCUCUCUCUCUGGAAGAGUUUGCCUGUCGCACUGUCUCCCGUAUCUUUCGUAGUGGUUAACAAGUUUGGAGUGUCUCAGGAGUCACCACCUCUCAGUUUGAACGUCCUGGAGGGGAGAUUGUGCUAAGAGCACCAACAGACAUAGACGUGGAAGAGGGUGGACAAAAGACCUGGCUUCUUUGGACAUGCAGUACUCACAUCUCCUGGACUCACCCACAAGACUAUGUGGAGGGGUUACACUACUACAUAGUGAAAGUUGCACGUAUAGGUAGUGUCGCAGGUGGAGGCAAGCAAUCACUUUUCUCCAAU